AUGCCGACGAGAUAUGGCAUGUCUCAGCUCCAGACGCGCCUGUUUCCACCAGAGAAGCCUUCACUAAGGGAUGCAAGCGAAAGUGUUGUUAGUGAGAUAACCGUAAAUCUUGGAGAAACUUUCACGUUCAGAUGUGUAAAGGGAGCUGGCGGAGUGGACCCGGACUCAUAUCAAUUCUACAAAGGCGGUAACAGGGCUACAGACGGUGUGACAGGCGCGACAUUUAGCAAGGCUGCAGUGAAAUCGGACGGCGGUUGGUAUUACAAGUGCAAGGCAGUAAAAGAUGGAUUAGUCAGCGUCGCAUCUGUUGGUGUUGUUCUAACAGUAAAAGUCCCUCCGGACAAACCCUUGAUCAAGAAUGCAGCUGAUCAAGUCAUAACAUCCUUAACACUGAAUGCUGGCGAAAUAUUCUCAUUUACCUGCGCACAGGCGGCGAGUGGGGUGGUCCCGGACGCUUGGGAAGUGUUCCACGACGAUGCCAAAAUAGCAACCGGUGUGACUGGCGCAACCUUAUCACAAACGGUGGCUGGUAGUGAUGCAGGAUCGUACACGUGCAAGGCUUUGAAAGAAGGACUGGCAAGUGCGGCAUCGGAUACAUUGGCGCUGACAGUCAACGUUCCUCCGGACAAGCCGUUGAUCAAGAAUGCGGCUGGUAUAGUCAUGACAUCUUUAACACUGAAUGCUGGCGAAACAUUCUCAUUCACGUGCACACAGGCCGCGAGUGGGGUGGUCCCGGACGCUUGGGAAUCGUUCCACGAUGAUGUCAAAACAGCAACCGGUGUGACAGGGGCAGCCUUGUCCAAAACGGUAGCUGGUAGUGAUGCAGGAUCGUACACAUGCAAGGCUUUGAAAGCAGGACUGGCAAGUGUGGCAUCGGAUACAUUGGCGCUGACAGUCAAAGUUCCUCCGGACAAGCCGUUGAUCAAGAAUGCGGCUGGUAUAGUCAUGACAUCUUUAACACUGAAUGCUGGCGAAACAUUCUCAUUCACGUGCACAAAGGCCGCGAGUGGGAUGGUCCCGGACGCUUGGGAAGUGUUCCACGACGAUGUCAAAAUAGCAACCGGUGUGACCGGCGCAACCUUAUCACAAACGGUGGCUGGUAGUGAUGAAGGAUCGUACACGUGCAAGGCUUUGAAAGCAGGACUGGCAAGUGCGGCAUCGGAUACAUUGGCGCUGACAGUCAACGUUCCUCCGGACAAGCCGUUGAUCAAGAAUGCGGCUGGUAUAGUCAUGACGUCUUUAACACUGAAUGCUGGCGAAACAUUCUCAUUCACGUGCACAAAGGCGGCGAGUGGGGUGGUCCCGGACGCUUGGGAAGUGUCCCACGACGAUGUCAAAAUAGCAACCGGUGUGACAGGGGCAACAUUGUCCAAAAUGGUAGCUGGUAGUGAUGCAGGAUCGUACACGUGCAAGGCUUUGAAAGCAGGACUGGCAAGUGCGGCAUCGGAUACAUUGGCGCUGACAGUCAAAGUUCCUCCGGACAAGCCGUUGAUCAAGAAUGCGGCUGGUAUAGUCAUGACAUCUUUAACACUGAAUGCUGGCGAAACAUUCUCAUUCACGUGCACAAAGGCCGCGAGUGGGGUGGUCCCGGACGCUUGGGAAUCGUUCCACGACGAUGUCAAAAUAGCAACCGGUGUGACAGGGGCAGCCUUGUCCAAAACGGUAGCUGGUAGUGAUGCAGGAUCGUACACGUGCAAGGCUUUGAAAGAAGGACUGGCAAGUGUGGCAUCGGAUACAUUGGCGCUGACAGUCAACGUUCCUCCGGACAAGCCGUUGAUCAAGAAUGCGGCUGGUAUAGUCAUGACAUCUUUAACACUGAAUGCUGGCGAAACAUUCUCAUUCACGUGCACAAAGGCGGCGAGUGGGGUGGUCCCGGACGCUUGGGAAGUGUCCCACGACGAUGUCAAAAUAGCAACCGGUGUGACAGGGGCAACAUUGUCCAAAACGGUAGCUGGUAGUGAUGCAGGAUCGUACACGUGCAAGGCUUUGAAAGCAGGACUGGCAAGUGCGGCAUCGGAUACAUUGGCGCUGACAGUCAAAGUUCCUCCGGACAAGCCGUUGAUCAAGAAUGCGGCUGGUAUAGUCAUGACAUCUUUAACACUGAAUGCUGGCGAAACAUUCUCAUUCACGUGCACAAAGGCGGCGAGUGGGGUGGUCCCGGACGCUUGGGAAGUGUCCCACGACGAUGUCAAAAUAGCAACCGGUGUGACAGGGGCAACAUUGUCCAAAACGGUAGCUGGUAGUGAUGCAGGAUCGUACACGUGCAAGGCUUUGAAAGCAGGACUGGCAAGUGCGGCAUCGGAUACAUUGGCGCUGACAGUCAAAGUUCCUCCGGACAAGCCGUUGAUCAAGAAUGCGGCUGGUAUAGUCAUGACAUCUUUAACACUGAAUGCUGGCGAAACAUUCUCAUUCACGUGCACAAAGGCGGCGAGUGGGGUGGUCCCGGACGCUUGGGAAUCGUUCCACGACGAUGUCAAAAUAGCAACCGGUGUGACAGGGGCAACAUUGUCCAAAACGGUAGCUGGUAGUGAUGCAGGAUCGUACACGUGCAAGGCUUUGAAAGAAGGACUGGCAAGUGCGGCAUCGGAUACAUUGGCGCUGACAGUCAACGUUCCUCCGGACAAGCCGUUGAUCAAGAAUGCGGCUGGUAUAGUCAUGACAUCUUUAACACUGAAUGCUGGCGAAACAUUCUCAUUCACGUGCACAAAGGCCGCGAGUGGGGUGGUCCCGGACACUUGGGAAUUGUUCUACGGCGGUGUCAAAACAGCAACCGGUGUGACAGGGGCAACAUUGUCGAAAACGGUAGCUGGUAGUGAUGCAGGAUCGUACACGUGCAAGGCUUUGAAAGCAGGACUGGCAAGUGAAACGUCGGAGAUAUUGGCGCUUACAGUAAACGUUCCACCGGACAAGCCAUUGCUAAGGAACGCCGGUGGCCAAGUAGUAACAACCGCAACAGUGUACGUUGGCGAAACCAUCACAUUCACCUGUACACAAGCAGCAACCGGAGUAGUCCCAGAUGCUUGGGAAUUCUACAAAGACAGUAAUAAGGAUACAUCAGAUGUGAUAGGCGCGACAUUUAGCAAGACUGCAGUACUAGCGGACGGCGGAUUGUUUUAUAAAUGCCUGGCAUUGAAGGGCGGAUUGGCAAGUGUCGCAUCAGAUACUCUGUUGUUAACAGUACUUGUGUUUGCUGAUUUGAGAUGAGCUGCAUUGGGGCAAACUGAUAAUUUGCAGCGUCAACUGCUGGCGUGAGAAACGGUGUUAUUCUAAGAUUUAUGCCUUAGGGUUGAUAUCCGGAAGAAAGGUAGGUACGAUCAAGGAAAGGCAGAUUAGCGUUAUCUAACUGUUGAACAUGGCUGAUUUCGGACUUGACGACUUCACAUUGAUCCAGCCGGACAGACUCUUGACAAAUAGAUGAGUUUAAAAACCGGGUCCUCGAUACUGUUUCGUGAAUUCCGUUCAACGCUUUCCGUUAACUAUUUCUAGAAGCAA